UAUUUUAAAAUGGAAAAUGAGCCAGGGCUAGGCAAUUCAUCGUCUACUUCUUCUGUUUCUAUUAUUUCUGUUGACUCAAAAAAAUCAAGAAUUAGCGGCACCGGCUUUGGUAGAAUUGGUAGAAAAAAAGAUUCAAUCAGAAAACAUUUUUAUGAAAUAACUAAAGGAACAAAAACAAUUUUGAAGUGCCAGGUGUGCGAAAAUGAAGUAAGUAAUAAGGCUUGCCGAUUAAGGAAGCACUUUGAAAAAUGUACUAAAAAACAAGAUGCAAAAGAAGAUAUAUGUGAUUCAAUGGAGGGUUCAUCGGGUUCAGAAACUGAAGAUUCUAAUAAUCCAGCAAUCAAUAUUAGCCGAAAGCGUAGGAAUCCUGAUGUUCAAGUACAAAUUCAACAACUAAAACAACAAAAAUUGAAUCAAUUCUUACUUAAAACAACCGAAAAUGAUAAACAAAAACUCGAUUUAUCCUUAGCAUCUUACUUUUAUUCUUCUGGUGUACCUUUCCGACAUUCUGAAAAUUUUUAUUUUAAAAAAAUGAUAAGUGAUUUAAGACCGGGAUACACUCCACCUAACAGAAAAAAACUAGCUGGCGAAUUAUUAAAUAAAAUUUAUAACAAAACCCAGGAAGACGCAAAAAAUCAUUUAAAUGGUAAAUCGGUUACACUGAUACAAGACGGUUGGUCUGCUAUCCAUAACGAACCAGUGAUAGCAAGUUGUGUCUCUGAUGGUGAAAAAUCUUUCUUUUUGUCAUCGUAUGAAACUGGUUCUAACCAAAAAACGAGUAAAUAUUGUCUUGAUUUGGCUGUGAAAGACAUUAUGGAAGCAGAAAAUAGGUUGGGAUGUACUGUAAAAAGUUUUGUGUCCGAUAAUGAAGCUAAAAUGAAAAAAAUGCGCAGUGACCUCCAAAAGAAGCUUAACAAUGAAUCUGACUUUUAUUUUAUUAUUAAUGGCUAUGCGGCGCAUUUUUUAAAUUUAUUAUCUAAAGGUCUCUUAGCCGAGUUUCAAAAUUUUCGUAUUCCACAGUUACCAGGAGAAACCCGCUGGAACAGUGUUAUAGAAUGUUUAGAGGUUUUUGUCAUUAACCGUGAUCUAAAAAUUGCUGAAAACCACGAGGAAAGCAUUGAAAAAAAUAUAGUUGAUAUUAUUCAAAACAUUGGUCUUAUGAAAGAAGUAAAGUCGCUUAUAACUCAAUUAAAACCAAUUCGAGCAGCCUUAAAUAAAUUACAGUCAGAAAAUGCCACUCUUUCAGAUACUUUAACCGAAUUUUUAAAGUUAAAAGAAUUAUCCACAAAUGACGUUCUGCUUCCAUAUAAUGAUUUAAUUAAAAAAAGAUUUGACGAUUGCAUUACCCCAGCCCAUAUUAUUGGUUUUUUAUUAAAUCCCAAAAAUUUGGAUUUACAACUAGAUUCUGAACUUGAGGAAGCAGGACGAACAAAGAAAUCGGAUUCCAGAGUUUCUAGUAAUUUCAGCAUAUCAGCUGUUAUCUUCUCGUAA